UCAUCUUCACGGCGUCACCACUCCUUUGCUUUUACUGGUAAGUUCUAAACUGCGGCUGCUGCUGCUGCUGCUGCUGCGCUCUUCCUCUUUUCUCCUCUCGCCCGCCCGCGCGUGCUCCCGCCGUUGGUUCCGCACCGCUCGCUAGCUUCCUUGCUCGCGAGGGCACCGCCCGUGAGCCGUGAUUCGGGGAUUUGGAUCCGCGCGGACCUUGGAUUUCCCCUUGUUUAUAGGCCGGUCGAGCGGUGCCUGGUACAGGCGUUGGGAUUCGGCCUGGAUCGGCGCAGAUCUGGAGGCACAUGAGGCGCCGGCGCUGGCGGGCGAGCAUACGAGGAUGUGAAGCAAGUUGUAGAGGGAGAGGGAGCGGAUUCAGCGAUGGGGUGCUUGGGUGGUGAGGCGACUCGGGGCGGUGAUCCUGGAGGCACCUGUGGCGCCGGAGGAGAUGGAGGACGUGGCCGUGGCUGCGCUCGCCACGGCGCCCACACCUGUGUUUAGCCCCGCCACGGCCGGGCUCACGCUAAUCGCCGCCGCGGCUGCGGAACCGAUUGCGGCCGUUGUGGCGGGGGCCAUGGAGGGGGUGCCGGUCAGCUUUUCAGUGCCGCCGGUCAGAACCACCACGGACGACGGGCUGCCAACAGCAACAGGAGGGGAAUGGGGAGAGGCCUCGGCAGCGGGGAGCCCGUGCUCGGUCACCAGCGACUGCAGCAGCGUGGCAAGCGCGGAUUUCGAGGGGGUGGGUCUGGGCUUCUUCGGUGCGGGGGUCGAGGGGGGCGCGGUGGUGUUCGAGGACUCGGCGGCUUCUGCGGCCACCGUCGAGGCGGAGGCGAGGGUCGCGGCCGGGGGGAGGAGCGUCUUCGCUGUCGAAUGCGUUCCGCUCUGGGGGUUUACAUCAAUUUGCGGCCGCCGCCCGGAGAUGGAGGAUGCGGUCGUCGCUGUGCCGCGAUUCUUCGGCUUGCCCCUCUGGAUGCUCACGGGCAACAAUAUGGUCGAUGGACUCGAUCCCAUCUCCUUCCGCCUCCCCGCCCACUUUUUUGGUGUAUAUGAUGGCCACGGCGGUGCACAGGUAGCAGAUUACUGUCGGGAUCGGCUCCACGCAGCGCUGGUGGAGGAGUUGAGCAGGAUAGAAGGGUCCGCUAACCUGGGAGCUGUGGAGUUCAAGAAGCAGUGGGAGAAGGCGUUUGUGGAUUGCUUCUCAAGGGUGGAUGAUGAGAUAGCCGGUAAGGCGACCAGGGGAGGAGGGGGAAACGUGGGCACAAGCAGUGUCACUGCAAUGGCCAUGGCAGAUCCUAUAGCACCUGAGACCGUCGGUUCAACGGCGGUGGUCGCUGUCAUCUGCUCAUCUCAUAUCAUUGUCUCAAAUUGUGGAGACUCGAGGGCAGUGCUCUGCCGUGGCAAGCAACCCGUGCCGUUGUCAGUGGAUCAUAAACCUAAUAGGGAGGAUGAGUACGCAAGGAUUGAGGCAGAGGGUGGCAAGGUCAUACAGUGGAAUGGCUACCGAGUUUUCGGUGUCCUUGCCAUGUCGCGAUCAAUUGGUGACAGAUAUCUGAAACCAUGGAUAAUUCCUGUCCCAGAGGUCACAAUUGUUCCUCGGGCGAAGGAUGAUGAGUGCCUUAUUCUUGCCAGUGAUGGCCUCUGGGAUGUACUGUCGAAUGAAGAGGUAUGCGAUGUUGCCCGCAAGCGAAUACUCUUAUGGCAUAAAAAGAACGGGGUAAACUUAUCAUCGGCCCAACGUAGCGGUGACUCCCCAGAUCCAGCGGCUCAAGCAGCUGCUGAAUGCUUGUCGAAGCUUGCUCUCCAGAAGGGGAGCAAGGACAACAUCACGGUUAUUGUGGUAGACCUCAAGGCGCAGAGGAAGUUCAAGAGCAAAACUUAAGUCAUCUUGCUUGAUGGACAGCCUCUAUGACAAAUUCCUAGGAAUCUAUAUAGAUUUGGAGAAUCCAAAUUCGAUCAGUUUAGACUGUUGUGUUAGUACAUUACUUAGCCCAGUUCGUUCUUUUCUUCCUUUUCAACAUUUGGGCUGCCAAGGGCUGUAUUCCUGUAUACAGUACAGAUUACGAAAUUCCGCAUCAGGGUUUAUGUUUCCUGAUGGCGUGGGUGAUCCUGUUUUCUGUUCUUCUUCCUUUGCUGCCCCUUAUUCUUUUUCUUAAGCUGGGCCAUCAUGUAUCUGGAAAUGUAUAUUUGAGCCUGUAGGGUACAACAGGAACUAGUGGUAUAAACUAUUUUGUACUGCCUUCUCUGAUACUAUGGAAUUCAGGUGGCAAACCUUCCUACUUA